AUGGCCCCGCGCGCGGGACAGCCGGAGCACAGGGGCCCGCUGCUGCCGGGGCUGCUGCUCGUGGCGGCGGCGCUGAGCCGACCCGCCGCGCCCUGUCCCUUCCAGUGCUACUGCUUCGGCGGCCCCAAGCUGAUGUUGCGCUGCGCGUCCGGCGCCGAGCUCCGGCAGCCGCCGCGGGACGUGCCGCCCGACGCGCGCAACCUCACCAUCGUGGGCGCCAACCUGACGGUGCUGCGCGCGGCCGCCUUCGCCGGCGGGGACGCGGACGGGGAGGAGGCAGCGGAGGGCGGCGUGCGCCUUCCGCACCUGACCGCGCUGCGCCUCACGCACAACAACAUCGAGGUGGUGGAGGACGGCGCCUUCGACGGGCUACCCAGCCUCACAGCGCUCGACCUGAGCCACAAUCCGCUGCGCACCCUGGGCGGCGGCGCCUUCCGCGGGCUGCCCGCGCUGCGCUCGCUGCAGCUCAACCACGCGCUGGCGCGGGGCGGCCCCGCACUGCUGGCCGCGCUGGACGCCGCGCUCGCUCCGCUCGACGAGCUGCGCCUCCUGGGCCUGGCGGGCAACGCACUUAGCCGCCUGCCUCCCGCCGCUCUGCGCCGGCCGCGCCUGGAGCAGCUGGAUGUGCACCUCAACGCGCUGGCCGGCCUGGACCCCGACGAGCUGCGGGUGCUCGAAAGCGAUGGCGGCCUCCCCGCGCCGCGCUUGCUGCUCGCCGACAACCCCCUGCGCUGCGGCUGCGCCGCACGCCCCCUGCUGGCCUGGCUGCGUAACGCCACGGAGCGCGUACCCGACGCGCGGCGCCUGCGCUGCGCCGCCCCGCGGGCGCUGCACAAUCUGCCUUUCCUGGACUUGGACGAGGCGCGGCUGCGCUGCGCCGACGGGGAUGCCGACGGUCGCGGGGAUGAAGUGGAACUCGCCGGCCCCGAGCUGGAAGCUUCCUACGUCUUCUUCGGGUUGGUUCUGGCGCUCAUCGGCCUCAUCUUCCUUAUGGUGCUCUACCUAAACCGCCGCGGCAUCCAGCGCUGGAUGCGCAACUUGCGUGAGGCGUGCCGGGACCAGAUGGAGGGCUACCACUACCGCUACGAGCAGGACGCCGACCCGCGCCGCGCGCCCGCCCCGGCAGCCCCCGCCGGCUCUCGCGCCACUUCCCCGGGCUCGGGCCUCUGA